AUUGCAGCAGUAUUUGCAGUAUACCCUGUCAUUUUUCCUCUCUUGCUUUUGUUUCCCAUUUACAAAUACCGCGAGUCUGGCACUAAUAAAGAAAUUGCUUUUGGUUUUAAAGUGUUCUUUGAAAAUUAUAAAGAGAAAUAUUGGUACUGGGAGAUAGUUGAGAUGUACCGCAAACUGACCCUCAUUUCAGUCGUCCUGUUGUUUGGUUCCGAAAGCCAUUCUCAAAUUGGCUUUGCCGUAGUUGCAGCAAGUGCAUCAGGAAUUGCAUACACUCUAGCCCGACCCAUAAAAGGCAAAUUUGAAGAUGGACUUCAAACCUUUGUGCUUUGGAUAAUAUUCUUCAAUGUUUGCCUCGGUGCACUUUAUUCUCAGCCCACCAUGAGGGAGAGUCAAGGAGGAAACAAUUCCAUUUUUGUGAAUGUGGCGUUCGUAAUUCUGAACAGCGCGGUGUUGUUCACAGCCUUGGUUAAAGGCAUCGUCCAUCUGAUGUCUGCAUGGAGAAAUAUUUCCCUCUGCCCAGUGCGAUGCUUGUGCAUGGUAUGUGAUAGAUUCCUUGGAUGUCAACGGAGCAGACGGAAUAAUGUAAUCCUCACCCAACCGCUGACAGAGGAACGAUUCUAAGUUACUAAUGAUUAAACACUUCAGCUGUUACUGCUACGUCGUAACAUUUUGUAAAGAUAAACGUAUUCACUGAUUCCUUGUUUUUAGUUUUUAAUCCUCCAGGGAUAGCUUAACUUUACCAGUUAAAAAACUUCAUAAAGUAUUAUUAGCGCGCUUCAAAAUUAAUCUCUAUGUAUAUUACCUUUACCUUUCCUCCCUCCAUUGAAUAGGAAACUCGUUUGUUGCUGUAUAUUCAAUUUAGGAACAGGUCUGAAAACUACUCAAGAGAGAACUUUAGGCUACCAGGAUCACGCUUGUGCUUAAUGGGAACCGAGGAAUUGUUUCUGUAGUACAAAAAUGGAUACCAACUCAGGUAUCCUAGAAACCUGUUAGAAGGCGUUUGCCAUACAACCAGUCUCUUAAAGGCUUCCUUCAACAACUGCUUAAGAAUCUGAAAGUC